UUCCUUUUAGUUUAUAAGACCAAUAUCACCUGUGUCUUUCAGUCGCCUUCAAGACUUCAACAUUUCAACAUGUCUGCUCUCAUUGACAUUUUUAAAGCCAUGUUUUUUGGAGGGGGAAUUCGAAAAUUUAAUCCGGCGGUUGACAUUCCAUCGUUAGCGGGAAAGGUCAUCUUAGUAACAGGGGCCAAUGCUGGAAUCGGCAAACAGACGGCAAUCGAACUUGCCCAACACCAACCCGCCGAGAUAUGGAUUGGUGCACGCAAUGUCCAGUCAGGGAACGAAGCAGCUUCAGAGAUCAAGGCUGUGGCUUCGCCAGAAACAAUCGUCAAUGUCGUGCAAAUGGACCUGAGUUCUCUAGCCUCAGUGAAGACUGCAGCGAAGCAAGUUGUGGAGAAGACGGAUAGGAUGGAUAUAUUGCUACUUAAUGCGGGUAUGAUGGCUGGACCGCCAGGCGUCACCGAGGACGGCUACGAAAAACAAUUUGCGACCAACUUCGUGGGCCACGCGCUUCUUCUAAAACUCCUCACGCCAAACUUGCUCCGCGCAGCACAAGACCCCAAAGGUGCCACCGAGCCUCGCGUCGUGAUCCUCUCUUCAGCUGGCCACAAGGCUAGCGUACUUCCAAAAGAAGGCAUCGACUUCUCAACCCUCAAGACCGAUCAAAUGCAUAUGGGUGGUAUGACCAAAUACUGUCAGUCAAAGCUUGCUGAUGCGGUGUACGCGGCGCCCAUUGCUAAACGCUACCCGCAAUUCACGACGGUGGCUAUAAACCCCGGAGAAGUCUUGACAGACCUCUUCAACAAAGGGAAAGAUGGUGGAGGUAGGCUGAUGGCGUUGCUUGUAGCGGUUGUCUUGCCGCUGAUUGGGAAGCCGGUGACGGAGGGUUGCAAGAAUAGCUUGUGGAGUGCUACUUCAAGUGAGGUGGAGAGCGGCAGAUUCUACGAUCCGAUCGGCAAGACGGGCGCCGAAAGCGAGAAUGUUAAGAAUGGAAAAUUGGGCGAGAGGCUGUGGGAAUGGACGGAGAGCGAGCUGAAUGGGCAUACGCUGUGA